AUGGCCUUGUCCCACCUUCUUGCUGUCUGCAAGGACGCGGUGUGUGUUGCAGAGGAUUACGGUGUUGCUUUUUAUGCUCCAAAAAAUUUAAAGAAAUUUCGUGUGGAGUCACUCAGCGGGGCGCGUGUUGUUGGGUUGUAUGUCUUGGCAAGCGCAAGUGGUGAAAUGCACCUUCAUGUCGUUGACGCGGAGGCCAAUUGGUUUUUAAUCUCUCUUGCCCAUGUGGAGGUACGGGCAUCUUCCUCCAUUAAGUGGGGGCACGAUUCUUUGCCGGAGCCUGAAAACAGGCCGGUCGUCUCAAAUCGGCGAGGUUUGAUUGACAGGAGCCGCAAACAGAGGGAGGGGGACAUUUUGGAAGCCCACUUUCAUGAGGCGGGAGGGGAACUUCAUUGUGCCCUUCUCACAACCACUGGAGUCUACGAAGCGUCACUGCGGGACACGUCUUUGAUAAGGGCAGAGCAGAUAAUAUCUUUUUCAAUUGCCUUGCGUGAUUGCACCAUGGCAACAGGAAGGUCGACUGGUCUGGUUCUUGUGGGUCAGCGAGGUGGGAAGUGGGCGCAGUACUCCCUCCAUGGCAAUCGUGAUGUCCACAACCCCAGGCAGCUCUUGUUGCCUAUAAGCAUUCAGAGUUUAACCUGUAAUCCAGUCCGCAACUCAGUGGCUGUGGGUGGCACACGCGGGGAACUGAUAGUUUUUCCUUCUGUUACCGAAAGUCAUCACUUCUCGGAUCAUUGGCAUCAUACCCCUUUGACCGCCUUACGAUUUUCAGUAGACGGCAAUUCGCUCUUCUCAGGGGCCAGGGAAUCGGUGAUGUUAGUGUGGAAUAUGUCUUCCUACGCCUAUAAGAAGAUUGGAUGUAGCCUAGGACCAAUUCGUUGUAUUAUGCCUUCUUCUUCGUGUGGCUCUCAACUUGUACUCGCCUGCGCAGAGUCAACGCUUGCCACGCUUGACCUGCUGCAGAUGAGGGUGGAAAAGUUUAUUGAGGGUGUUCAAUGGUCAACAGGUGAGGCCUGCAGUGGACUCGUUGUGGGACGCUGGAUGGGGCAAACUGCCGUGAUUCUUACUGGUUUGCCCAAUGUGUUGCGUGUGUGCGAUCCCUUUACCCAGCAGUCACUCUAUUCUCUUCAUAUUUCCUCUCAGAUGGAGACUAUUCCCAUUCCCCCUCGGCAUGGCAUUCAACACGUGGGAUUAUUGAACGAUAACCGGACGAUUGUGACGUACGAAGAGUUUGCAGGUACGUCACUUUCUCCCCUGCUGCGCUUCUGGGCGUAUGACACAGACAGCAAACAACAUGUUGAGGUACAAGCCAUUUACUCGCCGCACAGUAGUUGUGUGAUUGCGCUACAAACCGAUGAGGUGCGUAAACGCGUUUUUACGCUCUGUGCAAACACGAUGAAGUGUUGGGGAGAGGUAAGUGAGGAUGUGAAUGACGCCUACGCCACAGGACAGAAGAGUUGGGUGAACAAAUCCUCCUCGGCAACGCCAUCGCAUCUUGUACAAGAUAUGAUUCUCUCCACGGAUGGCUCGUUGUGCUUUGUCUCAGAUGACAGUGUACAUAUAUAUAGUAUAGCCAACGUCUAUCCAGGUCAGCCUUGGCACCGCCUACUCACACUCACGCAGUUGUUUUCUUUGGAGCCUCUGAAGGAGCUGCAGCUGUUGAACGACAACCGAGUUGUGGUGGCUCAUGAUGAGACACGGGUGUAUUUUUGGUCGCUAGUCGCACCCCAUCAGCCUGCAGUCGUCUGGGAGGCGAAUCCAGCCAGCGUGAGAGCGAUGUGUUCCUGUUCGGCCACCUCUGUUUUGGUGGCGACCAGUGAUGGAGGAGUUAGAGAACUGUGCGGUGUAGGGCAGCUGAUGGGGGAACAGCUGAGCCAGCACGUCUCAGCGGUCAUCCCGCAACGCAUUACUUUCAUGCGGUGUCUUCCGGGGGCGGGGAAGGAGCGGGUGGCGGUGGUAGAUGAGGUCUCCGGCUUCCGUGUGCUGCACUUCGCGCUGGAAGCCACCAACACGAAGAAGGGAACAGAGGGGCAGGCUAAACAAGACGACAUGUGGGUAGGGCAGGUUGAGGGAACCGGCGGUCUUGCGCCGAGUGUUGACGUCCACGAAAAGCAACUGGGGCACUUCUUCCACGACGUUGCUCAUGCCAACAAGUCGUCGGACGUGGGGAGGGAAGCGUCGUCGCUUCGUGCAGCCCGUCUUGCGACAGAGGCAAAGAAGUGGCUCGGGGAAGUCCUGGCGGAUUCCGCCUACACGGCACCGCCCAUGAGCUCUGUUCUCUCAUCAUACCUCAAGAAGCGCUCUGGUAUCCCAACACUGUGA